AUUGGAAACGGCGACCGCAUAUACAGUUGUUGUCUUGCUCUGAGGGAGAUCUCCUCCGUCCUUCCUCUCCCCAAGAACGUAACCUCGAGCUCCAAUCCACAGUAGACCGACUGACGAUUCAAACCAAAGCUCGCCUCUUUUGACUAGGUUUCAACUCUCUGCCCUGCAAGCGGAGCGCAGUAGCCGACCCUGUUGUAUGAACCCUUCAGCGGGGUCGAGGUGAGCUGUGAGCUUAGGAGAGGCAAUGGAGGGGAGGCGGAUCGCGGCUAGCCCCCGGCCUUGCUCGGGCCGCCGGGUCGUGGCGAAGAAGCGCCCCCGAUCGGAGGGGCUCGUCAACAGCGUCAGGAAGCUCCAGCGGCGCGAGAUUUGCUCCAAGCGGGAUCGAGCCUUCAGCUUGUGCAAUGCCCAGGAGCGCUUCCGUAACAUGCGUUUAAUGGAGGAAUAUGAUACACAUGAUCCGAAAGGACAUCAAUCAGUGGUAUUGCCUUUUCUUAUGAAGAGGACUAAAGUUGUUGAGAUUGUGGCUGCACAAGAUAUCGUCUUUGCUCUUAAUCACUCAGGUGUUUGUGCAGCUUUUAGCCGAGAAACAAAUGAGAGGAUAUGUUUUUUGAACGUGACCCCCGAUGAAGUCAUUCGAAGUUUGUUCUACAAUAAGAACAAUGACUCGCUCAUUACAGUUUCAGUCUAUGCUUCAGACAACUUCAGCUCCUUGAAAUGCAGAUCAACUAGGAUUGAAUAUAUCAGGAGGGGUCAACCUGAUGCUGGAUUUGCUCUCUUCGAAUCUGAAUCGUUGAAAUGGCCUGGGUUUGUGGAGUUUGAUGAUGUCAAUGGAAAGGUCCUCACAUACUCUGCACAGAAUAGCGUAUACAAGGUUUUUGACUUGAAGAAUUAUACAAUGCUAUACUCAAUAUCUGAUGAACAUGUGCAAGAAAUCAAGAUUAGUCCAGGUAUUAUGUUAUUGAUUUUCGAAAGAGCCAGCAGCCAUGUCCCUCUGAAGAUCCUGUCAAUAGAGGAUGGCACAGUGCUCAAAGCCUUCAACCAUCUACUUCAUCGCAAUAAGAAGGUGGACUUCAUUGAACAAUUCAAUGAGAAGCUUCUUGUCAAGCAGGAGAAUGAAAAUCUCCAGAUUCUUGAUGUUCGCAAUGCUGAGCUUAUGGAAGUCAGUAGGACAGAGUUCAUGACUCCAUCAGCCUUUAUCUUCCUCUACGAGAACCAGUUGUUCUUGACAUUUAGGAACCGGAUGGUCUCUGUUUGGAACUUCCGAGGGGAGCUUGUAACAUCAUUCGAGGAUCACCUUCUGUGGCACCCUGACUGCAACACAAAUAACAUUUAUAUAACAAGUGACCAGGAUCUCAUUAUAUCCUACUGCAAAGCUGAUCCAGAUGAUAAGUGGACUGAGAAUGAGGAAAAUGCGGGCUCUAUCAACAUCAGCAAUAUCCUGACCGGCAAAUGCCUAGCAAAGAUUACCGUGGCAAAUGGUGGCAGCCCCGACUGCCAGAGUCGCAGCGGAAAUGGCGGAGGCAGCGGUUGCAAAAAACAGAGACGCUCGCAGAUGAGGAGCACAGUAGCGGAAUCCCUAGAGGACAUAACCGCUCUUUUCUAUGACGAAGAACGGAACGAGAUCUAUACCGGGAACCGCCAUGGUCUAGUUCAUGUUUGGUCUAACUGAGCCCCAGAAUGUAACACCCUGAGAAAUGGACAUAGAAACCCUUUAUAGAGCAGGGCCAUUUCUUAUGGCGAUUCCGCUCUAUGUUGUCAUACCGAAAAUGACUUUAUAGACUCGUCCCUUGUUAGGACAGCCAGGGCUGAGUCCGGGCAAACUUGAGGAUAGAUCGGUCUGUAAGUGUUUGUCUGUUGUAAAAUUAGAUGAUUUUGCUGUUUCAGGUAAUGAGUGUGUAGCCUUAAGCCUUUCAUCCUUAUUCUUCUCCUUUAUGAUUUCCUGGUUUAAUGAGUGAAUUUCUUGGGUAUA